AUGCUCAACUCUCCGGAGACACGCAGACCAGUGAAAGAAGCGCAAAAGUACGGUGAGUACUCUCAGAAAUCGCAUUCCCCCGGGACGCCCGGCCCACGCUCGCCGGUCACUACGCUAUCAGCCCCCGCGCUCUCGGACUCCAGCAGCCCCGACACGCCGCCCCGGAGAGGGCCGGGAAGGCCGAGCACCCCGGCCCGCGCUCCCGCCACCAGCUCACCCAUGAUCCUAGCGGCGCGAGCGCGAAGUGAGGCGGCCGCGCAGCUACCUAACCCGCCAGCGACCGGUGUUCUGAGAGCAAGCCGCGACUCUGCGCCGCAGUGCGGACAGCGCGCCGCCUGUGACGUCAGCGCCUGCCUACGCCGCCGUUCCCAUGGCGACCGAUGCGCCCCGCGCUUUGGUCAAAGACCACGGCCCCGCCCCCGCUCCUUCACCGCCUUCUCCCAGGAGGAGGGGCUGUGCGGCGCCUGCCUGGGGGCCCUCAGGCCGCAGGCGGGCGUGAGCUUCGGGGACCUUAGGGGGCUCCCGCCUCCCCGGCCAUGCGAGCGGGAACAGUCUCCUUCUCUCGGAGCGGCGCCAUCUUCAGCUCUGAGUCACCAGGGCUGGAAAAAUACUAGAUGCGCUGCUCGUGGACUCGUGAAUACAGGCCAUUUCCUGUACCUACAGCCACGCACUCCACUCAUCAUGCCUUACCUGGAUGAUGCAGAAGUCCCUGGAAACAGAAGGUCUCACCCUUCUUUAUCUUUCUCAUGGCUUUCCAAGGCUCUUUAUCAUGUUACUCUCCUGCUCAGAAUUCUUUAAUGACUUGCCUCAAUGACCAGAUAUAUGUGAUCUACAGUCAGCCUCCCAGCCUCAUCAUUCCUCUUCCAUUUCCUCCCCAGAAACACUGUACUUUAUGAAGCUCCUCCAAGA